AUAUAUAUCUAUUUAAAUAGUGAAUUGACAAUACCAUAUAUUAACAUGGUUCUUAUGUGUCCACCUUUUUAGUACAAUGCCUGAUUAUUCUAGUAUGGUAAUAUACUUGAAAUUUAUAAAUAAUAUUGCUUGGUUGACCAUAUCUACCAGUCUGUGUAAUGUAUUUUAGUUCAAAAAGUUUUCUUUUCUCUCACUAGUAUUUCAAAUUCAAGAUGGAAGUAAUUAUUGCAAAUGUUGAUGAUGUCAUUUUUGACAUUGAAAGACAACUUGAGGAACAAACAGGUGCUCAGCUGCUACCUUUUCCUGGCAUGGAUAAGUCAACAUACUCAGUAUGUUCAUUUCACACUAGAGGAGCUUGUGCUAAAGGAGCGUCAUGCCCAUUCCGUCAUGUAAGAGGUGACCGCACAGUUGUGUGCAAGCACUGGCUGCGGGGUCUCUGCAAGAAAGGAGAUCAGUGUGAAUUCUUGCAUGAAUAUGACAUGACCAAGAUGCCCGAGUGUUACUUCUACUCACGCUUCAAUGCGUGCCACAACAAGGAAUGCCCGUUCUUGCAUAUCAGUCCUGAUUCCCGCAUGAAAGAUUGCCCAUGGUAUGAUAGAGGCUUCUGUCGUCUUGGUCCUCUAUGUCGCAACCGCCAUGUUAGACGAGUUCUCUGCAUGAACUACUUUGCUGGUUUCUGUCCAGAAGGACCCGAAUGCAAACAUAUGCAUCCCCGCUUUGAGUUGCCAAAGCCACAAGAAGACAAGAACACCACGCAGCGCAGCAGCUCUGCUCUCACUUGCAACUUCUGUGGCGAGACGGGCCAUCGAGCUAGCCAUUGUUUCAAGGCAAAUCCUCAGCUCAAAGAGUCCUACAACAUGAACAGCGCCCUUCGCAAUCGUAAUUAUCUGAGCUCAUACUCGCAGAGAGUGGAGAAGAUAGUCUGCUACAAGUGCGGUCAACAAGGUCACUUUGCCAACCGCUGCUCAAAGGGAGACUUCGCAUUCCUGAACGCAGCUCCCCCCAACUCCUGAGACGGCCACGGUCGAAUUGGCGCCUGUGUCGACUUGCAUGUGCUGCUGCAAAGUUGUGUUCAUAUUUUUUCGUAUAUUGCUCAUUAUGAAUAAAAUAAGUCAUAAUUGUUUACACCUUAGUUGUAAUGAACGUUGCUAUACGUAUUUCUUUGUGUGAUUUGUUAACAAUGUUUGCUUGAGUAUUUUUGUUUUUAAAUCAAUAAAUUCUGUGCUUUCAAGCCUUAAAUAGAACAUUUUGGCUAUUGUUCAAUAACAUGAUAUGUAUAGAAUACUUUCAUAUUCCAAUGCAGGUCACUCAAAUUCGUCAACUGUAUCCACUCGUUCAAAAGCUUCUUACUUUCACUGCUACAUUUCUGCAGUGUCUCAGUAUGUUAGCUCAGGAAAGUGACGUUUACCCUGCACGUUAAAAUGUUUAUACUAUUUAAAGUGGAUGUGAUAGUAAAUCAAUACUAAUUGUAGGCUACUUAGUUCCCAGGCAAGGACUAAGAAACCGUUUAUUAUUUUUCUCGUUUUCUGCUGCAUAUUUGUACAUAGUUUAAAAAAUCAUGAUGUCUAAAAAUUGUCAUCUCAAAAUGUAGUUUGAUUUUGAUUAAAACAAUUAUUUUCUGAA